CCCCGCGCCCCGCGCCCCCCGCCCCCCGCCCCCAGCCCCCAGACGGAGCUGCCUCCCCGCGCUCCCGGCCCACGCCAUGGCCGGCCUCGAGCCGCGGGUGGAAUACCUGGAGAGCUUCCGCUGCCCGCUCGGGGGCCUGGCGGCGGGCAAGCCCCGCGUGCUGUGCCACGGGGCCGAGAUCUUCGUGUCCACCGGGAGCGAGUUCGUCUACGUCUACGACCAGGAGGGGAGGCUGCUGACCGCUGUGUACAGGUUCCCUGGCCAGGUGUGGCACCUGGAGCUCUGGGCCCCCCGCAGGCUGCUCUACGUCCUGUGCGCCCAGAAGGGCAUCUACUGCUUGUCGUUGGACCAGGCGAGCAGGUCUGUGAACCAAGGUGAUGGGGACGACAGAGGCAGCGAGGACGGCGAGCCCCCUUGCGCUGCGGUCCCCGUGCACCCAGAUGCCUGCCUCCUCCCGGAUGACACUCUGUGCACUUUCACUGUGGUCGAUGACAUGCUUGUCACCCUGGCACAGGGCCCUGCCCGGUGGAAGGUACAGCUGUCUGACUGCCCCUGUCCAGGGGAGGACGCCAGACCCAGAGGCCAAAUUGGCGAGGUGGAGUUGUCCACCUCCAGCCCCUUGGCUGGGGCCCCCGGGGAGCCCACCGCCCCCCACAUCCUCCCAGUGCUGUGCUGCGUGUGUCCUCCGGGCAGUCGUGCUCUGCAGGGCCGUACACGGGGCUCCAGGGGCUGCUUGCUGGAACAGGCCCUCUUUGGGCUACUCUUUGGAGUUGAUGCCUCCCUUCUAGAAUCACCAGUGAUCCUCUGUGGUCUCCCCGAUGGCCAGCUCUGCUGUGUGGUCUUGAAGACCCUGGUCACCUCAAGGUUGUCCCCAGGAGACCCGAAGGCCCUUGUCAAGAUCCUCCAUCACCUGGAGGAACCCGUCGUUUUCAUUGGGGCCUUGAAGACAGAGUCAUUGGCCGAGGACGCGGAGGACACACACCCUGACUGCCUAGUGGCACUUGGUCACGACGGCCGGAUCCUGGCCAUCAAGGCCAGCUGGGACGAGGCAGGGACUCUGGUGCCAGAGCUGCGGGAGUACCAGCUGCCGGGGCCUGUGCUCUGUGCGGCCUGUGGCGGGAGUGGUCGUGUGUACCAUAGCACCCCCUCGGAGCUGUGUGUCGUGGACCUGGCUCGGGGACGGGCCUCCGGCAGGGGCCCGGGAGGCCUGCCGUCUCUGCUGUGUCCAGCCGGUUUAGGCAUCUGCAGCGUCGUCACCCUCUCUGUGUCCUGCGAGGUGCCCGAAGGUGGUGCCAGACUCCUGGCCCUGUCCGCCAGGGGGCGCCUGAUGACCUGCAGCCUGGACCUGAGCUCUGAGAUGCCGUGCCCCACCAGAGCCGCUGUGGCCGAUACUGGCCAAAAGAUUAAGGAAUUGCUUUCUGGAAUCGGCACCGUCUCUGAGAGAGUGUCUUCUCUGAAGAAGGCAGUUGACCAGCGGAACAAGGCCCUGACGUGUCUCAACGAAGCUAUGAACGUGAGCUGCGUCCUGCUGGCCAGCCGGGAGGGCCCCAGGCCCAUCUCAUGCACCACUACCACCGCCUGGAGCCGCCUGCAGCCGCAGGACGUGCUGACGGCCACCUGCCGGCUGGAGAACAACAGUGGCCUCAGUCUGGACCGGGGCUGGGCUUUGUGUGUGCAGGUGUUGACCAGCACCCCUGCCUCAGACACAGACGUGGCUGGCUCGGCCACCACCUACACCAUCCCUGUGGACCGACUGGGCCCUGGCGAUCGGCGGGAGGUGACGUUGCCCCUGGGCCCUGGGGAGGAUGGUGCCCUGGACCUGCCCCUGACCGUGUCCUGCGCACUCCACUACAGCCUCAGGGAGGUUGUGGGCGGGGCCCUUGCUCCCUCGGAGUCUUUCAAGGACCCCUUUUUGGAUGAGUGCCCCCCCGAUGUCUUGCCUGAGCAGGAUGGCAUCUGCCUGCCCCUGAGCAAGCACACUGUGGACAUGCUGCAGUGUCUGCGCUUUCCUGGCCUGGCCACACCCCACACGCAGCCCUCUGGGCUGCUCGGCCCUGUGAGCGACUCUGUGGACACCUUCUUAGGAUCUCUUGGGCCACGCAGCGAGCCAGCGGGACCCGCUUCCCUGCGGGCCAAGUUCCUGCCCCCAUCGGUGGCCACAAUCAAAGUGUCCGCAGAGCUUCUGAGGGCCGCCUUGGGGGACAGUCACACAGCAGGCACGUCCCUGGGCUGCGCCACCCUGCAGUGGCUCCUCGCUGAGAACACGGCCCUGGAUGUCGUGCGGUCCCGACGGCUGUCCUCGGUCCAGGGAGUGGCCCCAGAUGGCACUGACCUACACCUUACCAUCCGAGAGGUGGCUGUGACCCACCUGUGCACAGCAGGGCCCAUGCAGACCGUGGAGAUCCAGGUGGAGAGCUCCUCUCUGGCCAGCCUGUGCAGUGCACACCAUGCGGUCAUCGGGCGUCUGCAGAGGAUGGUCGUGGAGCAGGCUGCCCAGAGCUCCAGCCCACCUGAUCUCCGUGUGCAGUAUCUCCGCCAGAUCCAUAUCAACCAUGAGACUCUGCUGCGGGAGGUGCAGGCCCUUCGGGACCGGCUGUGCACAGAGGAUGAAGCCAGCUCCUGUGGCACCGCCGAGAGGCUCCUGCAGGUGUACGCGCAGCUCCGGAGCCCCAGCCUCCUCCUGCUGUGACACCUCAUGGGCUCCGCCCCCUGCCACAAGCCAGGCGCCCUCGUGGCUUUACGGAGAGACACCCAGGGCACGAGAGGCUACUUCCCGCCUCCUGACCCUGGCUGUGGCUGUGGGGUGGGGGAAGGCAGCUGCCCAUGGCUCCCCGCAGCACCCGGUGGAGCUGGGCAGUCUCUGGCCUGGAGCCCUGGGACUGGAUCAGCGGCCUCCCCUCCCCGCAGAAGUCGGGCUGCAGAGAAGGUUUCUGGGGGUCGGGACUUGUGGGUUUGU